AGGGAUCUGUUUACAAACUGAAGGCUGAGGACGAAAAGUGGAGAAGGGACUGAGAGACGAGGAGGAAGGACAAGGAGAGGGGAGUGAAUGUGAGAGAAAGAAAACACAAGAUUAGGAGGAACGUGUCAGAGUGGAUCUGUGUUCACAUUGUUAUCCCUUUUAUCUCCCUGUGUUAUAUUUAUCCCCCCCACUCUUGUGUUGUGUGAGCAGGAGGACAGGGGAGGAGAUGAGGAGCUGCUUUCCAGAGCAGCGCUGAAGGCUGACUCCCUGGCCGAAGCUGCCGGGGGGGAACCCAUCCAUGUCCUUCCCCUUUGUCUCUCCAUAAUUGGCAGGUUUUCCCAGCCAGAGAGGAGGGAAUUCAACGUGGAGGUCUGGACAGGAGAAGAAAGCAAGGACAGCCCUGUGACAAUGAUUUGAAGUGGAGACAAAGCACUUGGCCAGAGGUUUACAAACCUCAGCACUGGAUCAGAUUUGGAGUUUAUUUCCCAGUGACAUUUACGCCCUCUCAUCAGUUUUGUCUGUGUCAUGCAGAGGGAACACAGAGAUCUUCCUAAAUCUCUUUUCUCUGAUUGUUUUGGAGGAUAAAUCUGGAUUGAAUCAGUAGUUUUGUCUCAUGUUAUUGGCUGUAAAUCACACUUCUCAGAUGAGCAGGGCUGUCUGAUGUCUUCUCGGGGUAACUCGGAGUCUUUAAUCAGGUCUGCUUUUCUCCACCACAACAAGGACUUAAACCACUGUAUCUGUUCUCAGCGCUAUAAAGGAUACACCAGGCUACAGCACAUCCGUUUUAGCCCCAGACAAACAAGUGGACAUGAGAUCAUGACACUGGAGAGGCUGUGAUCCCCAUGUCUCCCUUGAGUUUUCCAUCUAAACAACCACACAUUUGAAGCAACCUCUUCAAUGGUAUAAAGGUUUCUAUGUGCCGUUGGAUUCCAUAACUACGACUCCAACAUGGUGUCCGAAGAGAUCUUCCAGCUGCCGCUCAAUGUCUACAUCAUCGUCGUCGGCAUCAGCCUCUUCCUCGUCAUGCCCUGUCUCAUCUUCUGCUGCUGUUUCAUCAGAGUAAGAAGAAAAGCUGCGAGAGGACAGUACGUCUACAAUGAGGUUGUUUUGAAAGGAGCGGGGAAAAAAAUGAGCCUUCUUGGACAAACAUGUGCAGUGUGUUUAGAAGAGUUUCGCAGCAGGGAUGAGCUCGGAGUGUGUCCAUGUUCCCACGCUUUUCACAAGAAGUGUCUGCUAAAAUGGUUAGAAAUUAGGAGCGUGUGUCCCAUGUGCAACAAGCCCAUUUGUCGUCUCCAGCCCGACCCCCCACCAGACCCUGAGCAGCCGUAGAGUCUCCUGGAGGUCUGAGGGGGGAAUGUACUAACUGCUCUGCCUCUUAGAAGUGUUUGUAGGACAACACAACAAUCUGCUUGUUUGCACUUUGCCCAAAAGUGACAAACGGCUCCAUGUGAAUAUGAUAUGAUACGAUCAUGAUAAGAGCCCAGAGCUUGGAAACAAGACUCCACCAGAACGUCGGCUAUGAAGAGAUGAGAACCUCCUUCAGCUCUGCACCACCACCCCUGACACGGGGGCAAAAGUAGACUUCAAAUAAAGCUGUGCAAUGGGGACGAGAACACAUCCAAAUAAAAGGAGCAAUUUAGAAGUAAGCAGGAACAGAGAUGGUGUGUGUUUUGGCUGUAAUCUUCCUUCACAGCAGUCACCCAACUCCAUGUGAACAUGUUGCCAAGCUGGGAGUCUGUGAGAGGACCGAACCAUGUGGACACCAGAUAGAAAAAAACACAUGUUGUCACAUACCUGCUAAAGUGACUCAGUUACUAAAAUCAAAAAUGUUUAUACAUGGUUUUAAGUUAUUUCUAAGGAAUUGUUUUGUAUCUUAACUGGCUUUCAAUAAAAGGUUUAGUGUGUUA